AUGUCUGACUGGGAGGCGGACAGCGACGAGGAUGAAUGCCGCGGGAAGCUCAAGGAGCCCUCCCUGGACGACUGGCGCCCGGCGACGGCUCUUCUUAAGCGGCCUGCUGGGAACCGACCCGCGGGCGGCGGGGAAAAAUGGGGUUCGCGGCUGGCGCCUGGCGGCGAGCCCUGGCAGUCAGGGCCCUUGGAGUAUCGAGCCCGAGUCCGAGGAGACAGGGAGCGCGCGGGGUUUCCGCCGCUCUGCUUCCACCUGGAUAACGCGCUCGUUGGCACGCUCAUAGGUCGUGGUGGCACUAAAAUAAAAGAACUUGAGGAAUCCUCAGGUUGUAAAAUAAAGGUUGUAAAGGGAAACUAUGAAGCUGAAAUAAAGAUACUUGGUGACAGGGAUAAGCAAACAAAAGCCAAAACAUUGAUUGAUGAUCUUGUUGAAAGGUAUAGUCAAAGCACAGCAGGAGAAAGACACAUUAAAGGUUCCUUUAAACAACAAGGUGUUGGAACAAAUUGCUACAGUGAGACUAGUUCUGGAGCUUUGAAAUCUGGAUACAGUAAUACAAAGCAGCCUAUUAAUUGGGCCUACCUUCGAGAAAACAAAGCUAAAUAUGAAGCUAUUAAGUGGGCUGAUUUACCUCCAAUUGAAAAACAUUUUUAUAAAGAAUCACCAAAGAUUGCUUCUAUGUCACAAGAAGUAGCUGAUAGGUGGAGAAAAGAAAACAAUAAUAUCACAUGUAAUGACCUGAAAGAUGGGGAAAAGAGGUGUAUUCCUAAUCCAAUCUGUGAAUUUGAAGAUGCUUUUAGGCAUUAUCCUGACAUCAUGGUGAAUAUAAGGAAAGUUGGGUUUCAGAACCCUACCCCAAUUCAGUCACAGGCUUGGCCAAUUAUACUUCAAGGAUUUGAUCUCAUUGGAAUAGCACAGACUGGUACUGGAAAGACGUUGGCUUAUUUAAUGCCUGGAUUCAUUCAUUUGGAUUUACAGCCAGUACCUAGAGAAAAACGUGGUGGACCAGGUAUGCUCGUUCUUACUCCCACUAGAGAAUUGGCUCUUCAGGUUGAGGCAGAGUGCUCAAAAUAUUCUUAUAAAGGAAUUAAAAGCAUUUGCAUAUACGGUGGUGGAGAUCGAAAAGGGCAAAUCAACGUGGUUACCAAAGGUGUGGACAUCGUUAUUGCUACUCCUGGUAGAUUGAAUGAUCUUCAAAUGAACAACUUCAUAAAUCUGAGGAGCAUAACAUACUUGGUAUUGGAUGAAGCUGAUAGAAUGCUGGAUAUGGGAUUUGAGCCUCAAAUAAUGAAGAUUUUAUUAGACAUACGUCCUGACAGACAAACAGUUAUGACUAGUGCCACAUGGCCAGAUGGUGUUCGUCGUCUUGCAAAAUCAUAUUUGAAAGAUCCUAUGAUAGUGUAUGUUGGUACUCUUGAUUUAGCGGCAGUAAAUACAGUAGAGCAGAAGAUUGUUGUUAUUCCAGAAGAAGAAAAAAGAGCCUUCACACGUUACUUCAUUGAUGCUAUGAAAUCUGGAGACAAAAUCAUCAUUUUUGUGGGAAAGAAACUUACUGCUGAUGACCUGUCAAGUGAUUUUGGUCUUCAGGGAAUUCCAGUUCAGUCCUUACAUGGUAAUAGAGAACAAUGUGAUCGUGAACAGGCUUUGGAAGACUUCAAGAAAGGCAGAGUUCGUAUACUGAUAGCAACUGAUUUAGCCUCUCGUGGACUUGAUGUGCAAGACAUCACUCAUGUUUUUAAUUAUGACUUUCCUCGCAACAUUGAAGAAUAUGUUCAUAGAGUAGGCCGUACUGGACGAGCAGGGCGCACAGGAGUAGCUAUAACUCUUGUGACUAAGAAGGACUGGAGGAUUGCAUCUGAAUUGAUUGACAUUCUGGAAAGAGGAAACCAGGUAGUUCCUGAAGAGCUAAUUUCAAUGGCUGAGAGAUACAAGCAGUUUCGGUUGAAAAAAGACAUGGAAAGAGAUUUAGGAAGACCUCAUGGGAGAUCACGGAAGGGUUUUUGA